GAGGUGCUAAUGAUGCUGGAUAAUUACGUGAGAGAUUUCAAAGCACUGAUUGACUGGAUUCAACUUCAGGAAAAGCUAGAGAAGACAGAUGCUCAAAGCAGACCAACAUCAUUGGCCUGGGAAGUAAAGAAGAUGUCUCCAGGACGUCAUGUGAUUCCAAGUCCAUCAACAGAGAGAAUGAAUGUAACAUCUAAUGCUCGAAGAAGCUUAAAUUUUGGAGGUUCACCUGGCACAGUGGCUGCUUCCCGUCUGACUCCCACAGGUGUCAGUUGGGCUGACAAGGUUAAGGCUCAUCAUACAGGCUCUGCUGCUUCUUCAGACAUAUUACCUGCCCAGUCUUGCCCACCGAUGACAGUGCAAAAGACUUCCCACAAAAAUGAGCAAAAAGAUGCUGAGGGAUGGGAGACUGUUCAUAGAGGAAGGCCUGUUCGUUCUCGAUCAACAGCAGUGAUGCCGAAAGUUUCCUUAGCAACAGAAGCCUUGAGGUCAAAGGAUGACAGCGAUAAAGAAAAUGUAUGUCUUUUACCUGAUGAAAACAUGCAGAAAGGUGAAUUUGUUGAAGAUGGAAUUUCGAAUACUAUAGAAUCUCAUCCUAAAGACUCAUUACACUCUUGCGACCAUCCACUUGCUGAAAGAACCCAGUUCACAGUGAGUACACUGGAUGAUGUCAAGAAUUCUGGUAGUAGUCAAGAAAAUUCUGUGCGAACUUCUGAAAUACCAGCUGUUCACAUUGAUACAGAGUGUGUUUCAACAACUCAGCAAGCUGACACACCUCCUUUGCAAACAAAUGAUGACAAAUUUCUGGCAGAGAAAGCAAGGAUAGAGAGUGAAAUGGAUCCUUCAGAUAUUUCAAAUGUGAGUGCUGCUAACUUGUCCAUGGCAGAAGUGCUUGCUAAAAAAGAAGAGCUAGCAGAUCGUCUAGAAAAGGCCAAUGAAGAAGCCAUUGCUAGUGCUAUUGCUGAAGAAGAACAGUUAACUAGAGAAAUUGAAGCUGAAGAAAACAAUGAUAUUAACAUUGAAACUGACGACAGUGAUUUUUCUGCUAGCAUGGGCAGUGGGAGUGUAUCUUUCUGUGGUAUGUCAUUGGAUUGGAACGAUGUCCUUGCAGAUUAUGAAGCUCGUGAAUCUUGGCGCCAAAAUACAUCCUGGGGGGAUAUUGUAGAAGAGGAACCUGCUAGACCUCCAGGGCAUGGAAUUCACAUGCAUGAAAAACUUUCUUCACCAUCUCGUAAAAGAACAAUUGCAGAAUCUAAGAAGAAACAUGAAGAAAAGCAAAUGAAAGCACAGCAACUGAGGGAAAAGUUACGUGAAGAGAAAACAUUAAAGCUCCAGAAAUUGUUAGAAAGGGAGAAGGAUGUCCGGAAGUGGAAGGAAGAAUUGUUAGAUCAACGACGUAGGAUGAUGGAAGAGAAAUUACUUCAUGCGGAAUUUAAACGAGAGGUGCAAUUACAAGCAAUUGUGAAAAAAGCACAGGAGGAAGAAGCUAAGGUAAAUGAAAUUGCCUUUAUAAAUACCCUUGAAGCCCAGAAUAAACGCCAUGAUGUUUUAUCAAAAUUGAAGGAAUAUGAGCAGAGGCUUAAUGAGUUACAGGAAGAACGUCAGAGAAGACAGGAAGAAAAGCAAGCACGUGAUGAAGCUGUGCAGGAACGCAAGAGAGCUCUAGAGGCAGAACGGCAGGCCCGUGUAGAAGAAUUGUUGAUGAAGAGGAAAGAACAAGAAGCCCGAAUUGAACAACAGAGGCAAGAAAAGGAAAAAGCCCGUGAGGAUGCAGCUCGGGAACGAGCUAG